AAACUCUGAUACAACUCAACGCACGGUGGACGAGAUCAAGAAACAAUAUGCCAACAUAAAGCAAAGAGCAAAAGAGAAGUCUGAUGCCAUUAGAAGACCAGUUACAGGUGGGGGCCCCAAACCUCCCUCCCCAACCCCUGUAGAAGCUGAGCUACUAAGCCACCUUGAAGACAGGCCAACCCUAUGUGGCCUGUCCACUGGACAUGACACGGAGGAAGUAAUUCUAACAGUUGUACCAGAGGAAAUGCACACCAUGACAAACGACUGCAUGCCGUCAACAAGUGCAAGUGGUACAGGUGUAUCAGCCAUCUACGAGAUACAGAAUGAUGCAACCCAGCUAGGUAUUGUAAAUUUGGAGCUUCCUCCUUCAUUCUCCUCGGCAAAGACAUCAAAAAGAAGGAAGACUAUGGAAGAGGAUGAAAUCAUGACAAUGAGGGCAGAAAGAGAAAAAUAUAUCCAGGAAAGCAAGAAGUUUAAAGAAGAAGCUGAGUUUUAUCGAGUCAAUACCAUGUACGUAAAAAUGAAAAUGAAAGAAUUGCACGCCGGAAAAGAUUCUGAAAUGUAAUUUAGUUAAUUCCAUUAGUUUGUCAUUUGUUAAGGCCGAAAAAAUAAUAGUCUUGUUUGCUGCUACCCAACUUACCCUAAUUUUUUUGCACCUGAUCCUAAAUUUUUUCUUUAGAUUUAAAAGAAUAAAUCAGAAUAUUAUCAUUCUGACACUGUAACUGGUUUCCCUGUUAACACAGAACAAGCAUUUCAUGAAAUUCUGUUUUAAAUCAUCGUCGGAAACCCACGGUCUGUCUCGCUUUUCUUAUGGUCUCGGUAAGAGAAGCAAGACCGACCUUAGGUUUCCAACGAUGGAAUUAAAUAUGGACUUUCAUAAAAUACAUGAUAUUAACAUCUUGGGUAGCCAAUGGAGAGGGCUUAUAUAGGCUGUGCCUGCUGCCCAAUCCUUCUAUGUAUUUCUUACAUAAUAAAAUAUGUUCAAAUCAAAAUGGGUAGCCGAAAAGGUUCCAAAGACGUACUUAGUGCACUCAUUCUUUAAUUUUAAGAGACAAAAUUGACACGUGACAUUUUUAAUUAGAUACUGUAUACAGGGGUAUUUUCGCCCCGUUUAAUUUUCACCCUUUUACACUUGGAAACAAUUUUGUUCCGUUUUAAAUUAGCCCAUUCAUAGUUACUUACAGAAAUUAUAUGUAUUAUUUCAUUUCACCCUGUUUUAAAUUCGCAGGAAACGAGACUAUUAUUUUUUUUUGCUUUACAUGCAAGGUGAAGUUGUCAGUCCCUCUUUCAGGCCAACAGUAAAAAAGAUUUGCUUGAUGUACUCCAAUUAAGAACUCAAAAUUUUAUUGUACAUUUAAUUGUAAUUGCAAGUGAACAAGUACCUGACUUUAAAUAUUUAUUGCUGAUGAGUGAUAAUUUAAUGGUACAAUUUACCAAGAAUUACUGGAUACAUUUGUAUUUCUAAUAAAUCUAUGUCAUCCAUUGCCUUUGAAAUAUGCACUAAUACAUGUAUCAGUGCUU